AGGGCGGCGCCGCGGCCCCGGUCCCAGAGCUGGCGACCGGCUUCAGUGACAUGAUCAUGGCAGCUCGGACCGGUCAGAGGGCCCUGAGAAAGGUGGUGUUGGGAUGCCGUCCGAAGGCGGCGGCCACAGCCGGAGUCCAGGCUCCGGCGCAGGGGCCCGCGCGGGACUUCAGAUAUUUAGCUUCCUGUGGUAUACUGAUGAGCAGAACUCUUCCUCUACAUACCUCAGUGUCGCCUAAGGAGAUAUAUGCAAGAACUUUCUUCAGAAUUGCUGCACCAUUAAUAAACAAAAGAAAAGAAUAUUCAGAGAGGAGAAUUAUAGGGUAUUCUAUGCAGGAAAUGUACGAUGUGGUAUCAGGAAUGGAGGAUUAUAAGCAUUUUGUUCCUUGGUGCAAAAAAUCAGAUGUUAUAUCAAGGAGAUCUGGAUACUGCAAAACACGAUUAGAAAUCGGGUUUCCGCCUGUAUUGGAGCGCUAUACGUCAGUAGUAACCUUGGUGAAACCACAUUUGGUAAAGGCAUCUUGUACUGACGGGAAGCUCUUCAAUCAUUUGGAGAGUGUUUGGCGAUUUAGCCCCGGUCUUCCUGGCUACCCAAGAAGUUGUACCUUGGAUUUUUCAAUUUCCUUUGAAUUUCGCUCACUUCUACAUUCUCAGCUUGCCACGUUGUUUUUCGAUGAAGUUGUAAAGCAGAUGGUAACUGCCUUUGAAAGAAGAGCAUGUAAGCUGUAUGGUCCAGAAACAAAUAUACCUCGGGAAUUAAUGCUUCAUGAAGUUCAUCACACGUAAAGGGAAAAAGAACUGGUCACCUACUUGUAACUUUAGUUAAUUCACUUUUAGGAAGUGCUUUGUUCAUUUGCUUUCAGAAGUCGGAAAGCAUUUGUUAACCCCAGCUUAACUGUAAACCUGCACCCUUGAAAAUUUGCACUUGGAAUAUGGAACCACAUGUACAUAGAAUGCAAUCAAGUGUAAUUCAAAGCAAUAUAUACAUUAGCAUAUUCACAAUAAUAGGAUGUCAUCACUAUUGCUAGAAUACUGACAUCACUCUUCUGAACAGAAAUUGAAACUGUAAAUUUAAACCUUUUAAUUAUCAUCUUACCUGAAAGGUUAGUUGAGUACUCACAUAGUAUGUAUUAUAUUAACCAUAUCACAUUUAAGUUAUUAAAUUCAGACUAUUUAUAACUUAUUGCGUAGGGCCUGCCUCAUGGCUUAGGAUAUUUGAGUAAUCAUCAGAUAUUUAACGUAAAAACUUUGACUUAAAAAUACUGUUAAUGAAGGUUCCCUGGCACUUUUCUUAUUUUUAAAUUGUUCUUAUGGGUAGCAGUAGAUAAUUCAAUGCUAUAGUGGGGUUAGCUCCCAGACAAACAGUGAAUUUUUUUUUUGGUGAGUGGUCCAGAGCUUUAAGCUCUUUUUCUCCUAGUUUGCAGCUCCCUCCCAGGUACUUUGACUGCUCUUUCAAUAAUGGUGAUUGUGUGUCAGAUUUUUCUACAGCAGUGGGCAACAGAUGAAGUUAGUUGGUGUGUCUCCAGCACCAUGCAUCCCUAUUUUCUAUUUAUUGUGUGUCCUCACUUUCAAUAAUGUAUUUCAAACUGAUAUUUUUGUAAACAAAUCAAUGUAAGGACUGAAGUGGUAACGUAAUAAAGUUAAUUUGUUUAUUUUUUUGUACAGUUA